CGUAUAAUUCUCCAUCUCUAUAGGUCGCAGCCGGCGAACUUGAGCUGUUUCCAGCGAACCCCACCCAUCUCUGGCUGUGGCUCCGGCUCAAACCAUGUCAUCUCCGAUCUCUUGUUUCUUUUCUGGGACUUGUUCGUCAUAAGUGAUUCUUCUGUGGUCGGUGUCUCCUUCGUCCCCAGUGCUUCUCUUUCAUCGUCAAGAUCUUGCGUUUUGUUUUGAUUAACAUAGUUUCUAAGUGGCUGUGAUAUGGCAUCAUUCCGAGCAUUCUUGAACAGUCCAGUUGGUCCAAAAACAACUCACUUCUGGGGACCUAUUGCAAACUGGGGAUUCGUUGCCGCGGGAUUGGCGGAUAUGAACAAACCUCCAGAAAUGAUUUCUGGCAACAUGACAGCAGCAAUGUGCGUUUACUCUGCAUUGUUUAUGAGAUUUGCAUGGAUGGUACAGCCUCGCAAUUAUCUACUGUUGGCAUGCCAUGUCUCAAAUGAGACUGUCCAACUCUAUCAACUCUCUCGCUGGGCAAGGGGUCAGGGGUACUUUCCCCAGAAGAAGGAUGAACCUGCAUCCGAGUAGCGUGCUGCUUCUUUCAUUCAUUUUCUGGUCCAUUGUGUUGUUUGUUGUGAUUUUUACCCAAAACAGUGUCGAUCUGCUGCUUAAUUCAUUCCCUUGCUGGUUCAUUACCUAAAACAGUGUUGAUCUCGUGUAUGGCUCAUUUAAUACAGUUCUAUUUUGAUAUUAAAACCUCUUCUUCUAUCGUCUAA